CGCAGGGUUUUUUCACACUUUUGUAAACAACAUGGCGAUUCACGACUGGCCCUGCUAGCCAACAGAUCAGACCUCACUGUGUUGCUGUCAAACCUCAGCUGUUUUUGCGCCACAAACGUUGGGCGCUAGACCUCGCGGUAGUUACCCGUCGGGGCAAAAUUGUUAAGUUCGCCCCGAAACGACAAAAGAGCUGGACCGCCGAGCUGUCAAGGAGACCGUUUGACAGCCAGACGGCCCUCUUCAGUCUAUGGGCUCUCAGUCCAGUUCUGGGAUGUCUGGUGGAAGGGGCUCUUCCAGUGGCAACCCAGCUGAGCAGCCUGAAGCACCAGAACCGAACCAGAGCAGCAGCAGCAGUAGUAGUAGUAGUAGCAGCAGUCGGGGCCGCAGGACGGCAGACAGGCAGCAAGGAGACAGACACGCAUCAGAGGAGGACGUUGACUUAGCUGAAGUACUGGCUUACCUACUGAGGAGGGGCCAGGUCCGGCUGGUCCAUGGGAGUGGAGCCACAGGGCUGCAGCUGGUCCAGUCCUACUCUGACUCUGAUGAGGACAGCGACGGAGCCUGGGAUGGUCGGCUGGGGGACCGCUACAAUCCACCAGUGGACACCCAACCCGACACACAUGAAGUGGACCAAAGUGAGAUCCGAACUCAGAUCAUGCUGGCCACCGGCUCCUUGACCGGGAAAGGCCGCCACGGUUUCACCCACAUGCUGACAGAGAGGAGGCAGGGCAGAUUGAGAGGCUCCAGUUUUUCUCACGGAGAGUGCAGUCGCAUCCGCACACAUUUUCUGCCAAACUACGUAUCCCACAAGGAUACGUACCAGCAGAAAGCCUUCUGUGGAGUGUACAGCGAGGAUGGCGGCAUGUUCCUGUCUGCCUGCCAAGACCAGAACAUCCGCUUGUACGACACCACCAGGGGGCGCUUUCACUUACGGCGAACAGUGAAGGCUCGCGACGUGGGCUGGAGCGUGCUGGACGUCUGCUUCACCCCCGACGGACAAAAUGUGCUCUACUCCAGCUGGUCCGACUACAUUCACUUGUGCAGUAUAGAUGGAGACAGUGAAAACCACACCGCCCUGGACCUCAAUCCAGAUGAGAGGAGGUUCUGUGUGUUCUCACUGGCUGCGUCCACAGAUGGCAACGAGAUCCUGGGAGGAGCAAACGAUGGCUGCCUUUACGUUUUCGAUCUCGAGCAGAAUAAACGAGCGCUGAAGAUCGAUGCCCACGAGGACCACGUGAAUGCGGUGGCGUUCGCCGACAGCUCGUCCCAGCUGCUCUUCUCUGGCAGCGACGACGCGCUGUGCAAGGUGUGGGACAGACGGACGCUGCGGGAGGACAGACCGCAGCCUGUCGGACAGCUGGCCGGCCACCGAGACGGCAUCACCUUCAUCCAUAGCAAGGGUGACGCACGCUAUCUGAUCAGCAACUCGAAGGACCAGUCCAUCAAGCUCUGGGACGUCAGGAAGUUCUCGCCCAAAGAGGGCUUAGCAGCUUCCCGCCUGGCUGUCACCCAACAGAACUGGGACUACCGUUGGCCUCAGGUUCCCCAGAGAGCCCUGAAGAGACACAAGCUGACAGGCGACACCUCGGUGAUGACCUACCGCGGUCACGGCGUCCUGCACACCCUCAUCCGCAGCCGCUUCUCCCCAGAGUUCACCACCGGACAGAGGUUCAUCUACUCCGGCUGCUCCACCGGCAAAAUUAUCAUUUAUGAUGUCCUGACGGGCGCCGUGGUCUCCAGACUGUCGGGCCAUGAGGCGUGCGUGAGGGACGUCAGCUGGCACCCUUACGAGGACAACAUCGUCAGCAGCUCUUGGGACGGAGCGGUGCGAAUGUGGGAGCACAGACGGACUCAUCCGCUAGAGGAGGAGAGAGAGCGGGACAGAGUCUGACGACGGGAGGAAGACCUUUCAGAGAGACAAAGGAAAAGAUAUCGCCGCAGGAGGAGGCGAGGCCGGCCCGAACACGGGCGGUCUAUAUAUAUAUAUAUAUAUAUACGCUCAGAAGGACUGGGAGAGACUUCAAUAUUUUUUCAAAUUCAAUGCUGGAAAUUAAUGAUUACAGUUAUUGCGUGGUUGUGAAGUGUUCAUUUGGGAAGGCAUUAUAGCCUUACGUUGUCGAGAGCAGAUUAGGGCACAGUGGGACGGCCUACUUCUGUUUCUGGGGGGGGUUUUUUGCCUCACUGUCAACAACAGGCCAGAGCUUUUGAAUUUGGCCUGAAACACUUAACGAAAAUGUGCCGGAGCUGGAAACACGAAGCACCGCACCUACUUAAAUGUGCUGUUGAAAUUUAACGAUAAGUUAGUUGUAUAAAAGUCAGUGUUGGAUAUUUGCAGGGAGGAGCUGGCGACGAUAAUUCUGAAUAAAUGUAUAGUAUUUUAAUGGUAUGUGCAUUCAGGGAGUGUAUUUAGAUAGUUGUCAGUGGUGCUGAUUUGGACUCUUGCUGGUGGGAAUAACGCGAGCUUCGUCCUGUUUGAGGCGCCGUCACGUUCAAAGGUCUACAUCUGAAGACUGAUUGUUUUAUAAUAACCCACUACGUUAUAUACCGAUUGCCUGAAUCACGACUCCUGAACCCGGUGUGUUGCUGACCGGAGGUCCCCGUUGGUCCACGUCUCGUUCAGCCGUUCAGGGGGAACUUCCUGUGUUUCAGCUUCCUGUGUCGGAAGAUUCCCAGCACACCACGGUGACCAAGACACCCGAACGCACUUAGCGUUACCGAGUCUCUUCGGUUCACUGUCGAACUCACAACAAUCUUAUGUUCUAUCCUCUUUAUGUCACCUCAAAGCCUGCGGUCUUAGUCUGAGGUCUUAUAUUAUUGAUCCUGGGUCAGCGUUCAGCUCUGUAAACACGAGCUCUGAGCCCAUUUAACAUAAGGAAAAAAGAGUGAGUGGUUGGCCACUAUAAACCUGAAGGGACUGGGGAUGCGUGUGCGUGGAUCAAAACUCACACACUGAUCUGUAUAUGCAAUUUUCAGGUGUUUUCAUCAAAGCCCAUAUUUCACCGUUGUUUUACAGUAACAAUAAAACCUUUAAUGUACGGCCACAACCUGAAGCGUUACACUGAGUGUUU